AUGUCAGGACUGGGAGGGAAGAGGGAGCUGACUGAUCGCAAAAGCUGGAAAGCUCUCAGGUCAUUCAAGGUGGAGCUGGAUUUAAGACCUUACAGUGUAGAUGAUGCAGUUUCCACAUCUGCUUACUCAUCACCAGCCAAAAGUUUGGGAGACCCUGGAAUAACUCCACUGUCUCCAUCACAUAUUGUGAAGGACUCUGAUGCAGAUGAUGCUGUAGAACAGUUAUUUCUUGUUGUUGUGGCUAUUGAUUUUGGCACAACAUCCAGUGGCUACGCCUACAGCUUCACCAAGGAACCAGAAUGUAUUCAUGUAAUGAGACGAUGGGAAGGUGGAGAUCCAGGCGUAUCCAAUCAGAAGACACCAACCACUAUUCUCCUAACACCAGAGAGAAAGUUUCAUAGCUUUGGGUAUGCAGCAAGAGAUUUCUACCAUGACUUGGAUCCCACUGAGUCAAAGCACUGGUUGUAUUUUGAAAAGUUUAAGAUGAAGCUACAUACCACUGGUAAUCUUACCAUGGAGACAGACCUGACAGCUGCAAAUGGCAAAAAAGUCAAAGCACUUGAAAUAUUUGCUUACGCUCUACAAUUCUUUAAGGAACAGGCAUUAAAGGAGCUCAGUGACCAAGGAGGCUCAGACUUUGAAAACACUGAAGUAAGAUGGGUCAUUACAGUGCCUGCUAUUUGGAAGCAGCCUGCAAAACAGUUUAUGAGACAAGCUGCCUACAAGGCAGGAAUGGCAUCUCCUGAAAAUCCUGAGCAGUUGAUCAUUGCCCUGGAACCUGAGGCUGCUUCUAUAUACUGCCGAAAGCUCCGCCUGCACCAGAUGAUAGACCUGAGUAGUAGGGCGCCUGUCAACGGUUAUAGCCCAAGUGACACUAUUGGAACUGGAUUUACACAGGCUAAGGAACACGUCCGUCGUAAUCGACAGAGUCGUACCUUUUUGGUGGAAAAUGUCAUAGGAGAAAUCUGGUCCGAACUGGAGGAAGGUGACCGUUACAUCGUUGUUGACAGUGGAGGAGGCACAGUGGAUAUGACUGUCCAUCAGAUCAGGCUCCCUGAAGGACAUCUUAAGGAGCUAUACAAGGCAACAGGUGGGCCAUAUGGUUCUCUAGGUGUGGAUUAUGAAUUUGAAAAGCUCCUGUGUAAAAUAUUUGGAGAAGAUUUUAUUGAGCAAUUUAAAAUCAAGCGUCCUGCUGCCUGGGUAGAUCUGAUGAUAGCAUUUGAGUCCCGUAAACGAGCAGCAGCUCCAGACAGGACCAAUCCACUAAACAUCACUCUGCCUUUCUCCUUCAUUGACUAUUACAAGAAGUUUCGAGGUCACAGUGUAGAACAUGCCUUGAGGAAAAGCAAUGUGGACUUUGUGAAGUGGUCCUCCCAGGGAAUGCUGAGGAUGAGCCCGGAUGCAAUGAAUGCUCUUUUCAAACCUACAAUUGACCAGAUCAUUCAGCACCUUAGUGAUGUAUUUGAUAAGCCAGAAGUGACCAAUGUCAAGUUUCUGUUCCUGGUGGGUGGCUUCGCUGAAUCCCCCUUGCUCCAGCAAGCUGUCCAGAGCGCUUUUGGUUCGAGAUGUCGAGUCAUCAUUCCUCAGGAUGUGGGGCUCACUAUCCUCAAAGGAGCUGUUCUCUUUGGUCUAGACCCUGCUGUCAUCAAAGUGCGGCGUUCACCUCUCACCUAUGGUGUGGGUGUGCUCAAUCGGUUUGUGGAAGGGAAACAUCCACCAGAGAAGCUUCUAAUCAAAGAUGGCACACGCUGGUGCACUGAUGUCUUUGACAAAUUUAUCUCAGCUGACCAAUCUGUAGCCCUUGGAGAAACUGUGACACGCAGUUACACACCUGCCAAACCUUCUCAGCUAGUAAUAGUGAUCAAUAUCUAUAGCUCAGAACAAGAUAAUGUUAGCUUCAUCACCGAAUCUGGAGUGAAAAAGUGUGGCACCCUUCGCUUGGAUCUCACGGGAACUGAUGCUUCAGUGCCAAACCGGCGGGAGAUCAAAACACUUAUGCAGUUUGGGGACACUGAAAUCAAAGCCAUGGCCAUUGAUGUUGCCACUUCUAAAAGUGUCAAAGUUGGUAUUGAUUUCUUAAACUACUAACAGCCCAUUUUCCCC